AUGUACAGUAAAAAAGCAGAGACUUCCACAGCUCCCAACAGCAAUCAACAGUUUACUAGUAGACAUCCUGUCCAUACCGACAUUUUCUAUUCUCAAACCGCCAAUCUCCAUGAGCCUCUUCAAAAAGCUUCAGUAGCAGCCUUGCAUAACGCUCAGUCUCCACCACAUGGCGGACCAUUGGAAGAUGGCUUUACCGAGCUAUCUACUCAUUCGUGGUCCCACCAAGCCGCUAUUGAGGUCGUUGAAAUCAUUUCAAGCAGCUUGAAACGGGUGGUUCGAGAGCCACAGGCGCCUCAGUUUCUCGAGCACCUGAUUGAUGUAGUCAGAGCUCGCACGGAACCCACUCCAAAUGACAUGGCUCGCUCAAUGCUUCAGCAUAUGGGUGCCAUUGUGCGUACGCAUCCGAACAUAAGCAGUGUGUCUCGUAGGAUCCUACAAUCCACACUUGAUGAAUUACAGACUUUAAAGCAAUCUAGAAGAUCAUCCUCUCUUGAUCGACUCACAGAGCAAAUUUCUAACUUGUCGCUUUCAGAACAUCAAUCCCCAGGCAGACAGUGA